GCUAAACCCAUGUAAAUGGAUAGGAUUGAUCAAGUAGAAUGUUAUUCAGCAACGGCUAUAGGCUUCUUAACAAUGUGGUGUCGUCGGAUAUGACCAAUCCAUCGAAGCUUCUCUUUCAAAUCGUGGUGCUACAAUGUUUUUACUACUUAACUGCACUUGUGAUAUUCUACCUCGUCUCUACAUUGAACGGUUACAACUUCAAGAUUGACUGGAUCUUUCUGUGGGAGUUGAUCUCGCCCGAGAAUGCAAUGGGAUUGACCUUAUUUGUGUUGUGGCUCUUUGACUCGUUGCUCUGUGUGAUUUUCGUGACGAUUGUGGUGGGUAGGUCAAAGUUGGCGUGGGAUUUUGCCAUCACGGUUCACAUUAUCAAUUUAAUCGUGGUAUGGGUUUAUACCGGCAAGUUCCCCACCUCUGCUCUCUGGUGGUGCUUACAAGUGCUAAGUGGGGUGAUAUUGGUCACAUUGUCGACAUAUAUGACUAGGUGGAAGGAGUUGAGAACAACCUUUUUCGAUGAUAUGUUGGAUCAACAAGAACGUGGCGAAGUUGAUCAUAAUAGAACUAACAACGGUUCUCCUCCUGUGGCGAUUGAGAUGCAUGAUUUACGAUCAGGAACGUCGUCCCAAACUACAAAGGGCUGAAUGUAAGCUCCUAUUCUGUGUAUAUUAUAACAAUAUAAAUAAAAAAUUAUUCCUCC